UUCCUGAUAUUUGGCCACGGGAAAGCUAUUCAUCGGAUGGACCUCGAUGGGAAGAACCAGAGAAGACUCGUGGCUGGAGUGGGAAGCUCCAUGCUGCUGGACUUUCAUUUCAGAGAGGAGAGAGUCUACUGGGCUGACAAACACACGGGGGUCAUCUACAAGGCGUCCGUGAGAGGAGCUCACAGACAGAAACUGUACUCAUCUGACAAACAUAUCUCGGGCCUCGCAGUGGACUGGAUUUGGAACCGUGUCUAUUGGACGAGUGGAGAAAAGGGAAAAAUCAAGACAAUGGAUAUAAAUGGGAAAAAUGAAAGGACUCUUUUAAGACACUUGACCCAACCACAUUCUGUAAACGUUGACCCCACUAGCAGGUUUCUUUUUUGGCUGUCUGGCGGGACGACCCCCAGUAUCCAGCGGUCCGAUGUGACAGGACAGAUGAAAACGACACUCAUUAAGAUGGCCGGACAACUGGAAGCCCUGUCAAUUGACCGAGAGGACAACAGACUGUUCUGGGUUCAGUUUGGUCUCCAAGGAGAGGGUGCCAUUGCCUCUUGCGAUUACAACGGCAACAUCCUGCACAUCAUGGAUCGGCCACUUUGGUCUCAGUCACCGGGGAUAUCAGUUUUCCUGGAGCACUUGUACUACACUGAUGCAGCAUCUCGGGUUAUAAAACAAGUAAACAAGUACGCUGGUGGAGAGCCACUGAUUGUUAACAUAAAACAAAUGGCAAAACCCCCAGUUAAUAUCAAGGUGGUACAUCCCCUCAACCAGCCAAUGGCAGACUCCCAAUCAUCUGUUCCAGGUUGUGACGAACAGAGUGGAAAGUGCGUGAAUGUGUGUUCCGGUCUGGCCGAGCAGGCGGCGUGCCAAUGCAGUGAAGGCUUCGCUCUCAGUAAGCAAGGCACUUAUUGCGAAGAUGUGAAUGAAUGUGCCCACUGGAACCACGGCUGCUCUCUGGGUUGUGAAAACAUCCCCGGCUCCUAUUUCUGUACCUGCCCUAAAGGGUAUGCCCUCCUCCCGGACAGGAAGACAUGUGGAGAAAUCGUACCAUGCGAAGGCAAUACGACCAGGAAGUGCGUCCAUGGGUGCCUGAUAACGGACAAGGGUGCUGUCUGUGUGUGUCCUGAGGGAUCUUCACUGCAGGAGGAUGGACAAGCCUGUACUGGCUGCUCGUCUGCAGACAGAGGGGGCUGCAGUCAGCUCUGUACUCCCGUCGCCCCGAGCGGGCGGCGCUGUGGUUGUCUGCCCGGCUACCAGCUCCACCAAGACGGCAGGCGCUGCAUGGCCUCUGGACCGCCGCCGUAUCUACUCGUGGCAAAUCUGGUGGACGUACGAGAAAUUCAUCCUGAAGGCACCGGGGAUCGAACCCUCGUGGAGGAUCCGAGGGGAACGAUCAUAGCUUUGGACUAUGACCCUGUCCAGAAAAAUGUGUACUUUGCCAGCGCAAGCCGGAAGACAAUCGAGCGGGUGGAUCUGAACGGCGGGUCGAGGGACGUUCUGGUCUCUGAUGGUUUGGACUCUCCGGAGGGACUGGCGAUCGACUGGGUCCACCGCAGGAUGUACUGGACGGAUAAAGGCCGGUCCAAUGUGGACUGCAGUACCUUAACUGGGCGGAACAGAGAAACCAUCGUCAGCAAAGGGCUGGAAAGACCACGAGGAAUCGCGGUUCACCCUUUGGCAAAGAAGUUGUUCUGGACUGACAUAGGGGCCCAUCCUGUCGUGGAAAGGUCCUCUUUGGAGGGGAAGGAGCGCACCGUCAUCGCCAGCACCGACCUUGUGUCACCGAGCGGCCUGACCAUCGACUUCACGGAGGACCGUCUGUUCUGGUGCGACCAGAGGAGGGGCCGGGUGGAGACCGCCGCUCUGGAUGGCUCAGAUCGACAGGUCCUGUUAGAGAACCAAGUAGGUCGACCUUUUGACCUUGCGGUAUUUGAGGACAGGUUGUGGAUGUCCGAUGGGGAGCACCAGCAGCUGAGGAGCGUUCACAAGCGGACCGGGAGAAAACUGCAGCGCAUCCGCGGCGACUUGGUCCAACCGGCGUCCAUCGUGGUGGUUCAUCCUCUUGCGAAACCAGGGGCCGACGUCUGCCUUCACCUGAAUGGAGAUUGCGCCCAGGUGUGCGAGAGCAAACUGGGAUCCGCCCACUGCUCCUGCCUGUCGGGCCACGUCCUGUCAGCCGAUGGAAGAAGCUGCCCGCCCGCCGGCUCCUCCAGUGGAACAGCGGAAUCUGGAGGCAGCGAAUCCGACGAUUCGACGUUCACCGAGAACAAAACACCCCUGAAGACACCGGAUGAAGCGGAGCCCGAUCUGGACUCUGAGCCAACUCUCUACACGGACAAGAUGGUUUCAGACCAGAGCGUGUGCUCCGCCCUGGGCUGUGAUGUCAACGCACAGUGCCUGCUGCGCGCCGGCAGCCCGAGCUGUCUGUGUCUCGAUGGCUUUACCGGUGAUGGACAGCUGUGUGUGGAGUUGAAGACCCCGUCGCCGUGGGUGACGACCGGCAGCCCCGCUGACGUCUCCACCCGGCACCGCGACAGUAACUCAGUGGAGAGUUGCCCGUCCUCCCACGAGUCCUACUGUCUGUACCAGGGCGUCUGCUUCUACUUUCCUGAGAUGGAGUCCUACGCGUGCAAUUGUGUCUCGGGCUACAUGGGGGAGCGUUGUCAGUUCAGCGACCUGGAGUGGUGGGAGCUUCAGCAGGCCGAGGAGGAGAAGAGGAGGAACGUGGUCAUCGCGGCCUGCACGGUGGCCCUCGUUUCCCUGCUCUCCAUCGCCGCCUGUGUCACCUACUGUUACGGAACCAGAACAUUCUUCCACAAACAGCCCUCAGUGGACAACGUGAGCGAGACCAGCGAGACAGACGAGAGCGUGUCGGAGACCACCACGACCAGCGUGGCUCGGUUCUACAUGGCGGCAGUAAAUGGUGAGGAAGGAAUGGUCAUCCCGGCCAUGGGCUGUCCCAGGAGAGCCGUCUGUCCUUCCUGCUCUUCAGAACUAGGUGACAACCAUGCGUCUGAUGAGUCGGGAACGUUGUCCAAACACAACCGAGGGUAUGAGUGUUCCAUGGUGUCGGCUGUUGCCGUGGAGACCACGCAAGCCCGCUGUCCAUCGCUCAAGUCCGUCUCCGACGAGCUCAUGUAG